AUGGCCUUGCUCGCAUACCAUUUGGCUCAGAGCAACGACACCAAGAAACAGGAGCAAGCAGAGAGACUCGCCCAACGAGUUAUCGAGGAUGUGUUGAACUGUCGUCGCAAGUACGACUCACUUGGCAAGAUGUCCAACCAGAUGCUCGAUGCCUUGAAGGUGGAACUGAACGACCUCAGCGCGAAGAGGUGA